CUGGAGGGGUUUCUUUGGACAAUUGCAGGCAGGCUGCUAAGCAGACGUUGUUCCCAGGUAGAGAGAGGCUGAAUGCUUGCAAAUAAAUCUCCCAUUGCUGGCAGAAUAAUUGGACUAAUUAAGUGGAAGGCAGGAACGCCUUUCAAUGCCUCCAAAAUUAAGUCAGGUCAUCCGCUUAACAUCUUAGCAACUAUUCCUGCCACUCUGCCAGAUUCCUCAUCCCCCCAACUUCUGAAGAAGGUUUCCAGCAGGGACUUGGAAGGGUAUUUCGCCUGCCCCCCUUCCCCAAAAUUAAGGAGAAACGGAUCCUCUCUUUGGGGGGGGAUGAAGCGAGAACGGCAUUUGCCAACCUCCUUAUUCCUCAAUCUGGUGCACGUUUGCCUGGUUCAGGCAAAUUACGCACCCUAUUUCUUUGACAAUGGAGCCAACAGCAAUAAUGGGAAUAUGGCCCUCUUCAGCCUCUCGGAAGAUACAGCUGUGGGUACGCAUGUUUAUACACUAAAUGGAACAGAUCCAGAAGGAGAUCCGGUAACCUAUGGCGUGACCUUUGAGGCCGGAGCAAGAAAAUACUUUGCCGUGGAUGAAAACUAUGGAAAUGUUACCCUGAUUGCAGAGCUUGAUCGAGAGACCCAAGAUGAGAUCGAAGUGGUCGUUAAUAUUUCCGAUGGCUUAAGCACAGUGGCUGAGAAGGUCAGAAUUGUUAUAACAGAUGCAAAUGACGAAAGACCAGAAUUCAUCAACACGCCUUACAUCAUUCAAGUCCAAGAGAACACGCCGGUUGGGAGCAGCAUCUUCAAAAUCGAAGCAGUGGACAGAGACACAGGCUCAGGAGGCAGCAUCAACUAUUUCCUGCAGAAUAUCCAUACAAAUAAAUUUACCAUAGAUCGUCACAGCGGUGUCCUUCGCAUCAAAACAGGGAUCAACCUUGACUAUGAAAAAGCAAGAACUUUUUUCGUGACUGCAGUGGCUAAGGAUGGUGGUGGAAAGCUCCGUGGGAAACACAAGGUGUUUUCAGCCACAACUACCAUCACAAUCAAUGUUGAGGAUAUUCAAGACACGCCACCAAUUUUUGUGGGCACACCCUACUAUGGGUAUGUGUAUGAAGACACACUGGUGGGAUCGGAAGUUAUAACUGUGGUUGCCAUUGACGGAGACAGGGGAAAACCUAAUGACAUAUAUUACAGCAUUGUGAAUGGAAGUGAAGGUUCAUUUGAAAUAAAUAAUGCAACGGGAGCUAUUUCUGUUGUUAAAAACCCAACUAAACUGAAGAAAGAAGUAUAUGAACUGAAAGUCCAGGCCUCUGAAAUUGGUUCAGAAGACAACGAGACUGCUCAUGCGUCCACCACGGUCAUCAUCAGGGUGGUAGACCUUAACAAUCACCCACCGACCUUCUAUGGAGAAAGUGGGCCACAGAACCAAUUUGAGCUGACCCUCUAUGAGCACCCACUGGAAGGUGAAACCUUGAGGGGCCUCAAAAUUACCGUCAAUGACUCGGACCAGGGAGCAAAUGCUAAAUUUAACCUCCACCUUGUUGGGCCCGGAGGAAUUUUCCGCGUUGUCCCUCAGACAGUCCUAAAUGAAGCCCAAGUCACAAUAAUAGUGGAAAAUUCUGCUGCUAUCGAUUACGAAAAGUUCCAGGAGUUAACCUUCAAGCUUCUUGCAGUAGAAGUGAACACACCUGAGAAAUUUAGUUCAACGGCUGAUAUUGUGAUCCAUCUCUUGGACACGAAUGAUAACAUCCCCCAAUUUUCAUCUGAUUACUACAUCGCCAAGAUCCCAGAGAAUUCUCCCGGGGGUUCCAAUGUAGUUGCUGUAACUGCGAUUGAUCCAGAUUCAGGCCUCUGGGGUGAAUUAAAAUACUCAAUUUACGGAACAGGAGCAGAUCUCUUUCUGAUUCAUCCAUCUACUGGGAUUAUCUACACUCAGCCAUGGGCCGUCCUAGAUGCAGAAAUCAACUCUAAGUACCAUUUUUUUGUGAAGGCAGAAGAUAUAGAAGGAAAGCAUAGUUUGGCCGAAGUCUUCAUCACUGUCCUUGAUGUCAAUGAUCAUUCUCCAGAGUUCAGUGAGAACAUUCAGGAAAAAACCAUGAUUAUUGGAUCCCCAGUAAAAGUUGAGGCAAUAGAUCAAGAUGCAGAAGAACCCAAUAACAUUGUAGACUACGCCAUUAUGCAGACUGAUCCGGCUGAUGUGUUUGAUAUUGAUCAAAGCUCUGGAGAAAUUAAAUUGAAAUCUUACAUACGAUCCUUGGACGUCAUUCACAACAUCACCAAGAACAAAGAUUGCAUUUGGUCAGUGAUCAUCCAAGCGAAGGAUCGAGGGUCUCCAUCCUUUAGCACCACAGCUGUUCUGAAACUUGGCAUCAGAGAAGAGACUCUUCCCACAGGACCAAUGGCUGCCUUUCUGAUGCAGACUAAAGACAACCCAAUGAAGGCCGUAGGGGUCCUGGCGGGCCUGAUCGGGGUCAUGGUGAUGAUCAUCCUUUUCAUCUCCACCGCCAUGUUCUGGCGUAACAAAAGGUCUCCCAGGGUCAUGCCGGCCCGACGGAUCAUCAAAAGAAGGCCAAAUUAUCAACCUCGGACCAUUAGGAUGGAGUGGUUGAUGUUCAAGAAGUCCUCUGGCAACGCUGCAGAGAAAUUUAAGGUCAAGGAGGACACCAUCAGCUUGCAGAACGGGAAUAGCAACAACAGUUCCCAGACGCCGUCUCUGCCGCCCCCACCACCGUCUGUGCCGAUCCCGUCACAAGCCCAUCUCUUCAAGAUCCAGGAACCCACCUGGAAAUUGUCCACAGUUUCAGGAGCCCUGAGCCCUAAGUUUGUAAAUAGGCAGGCAAGGAAAAAGGGAGCUCUCUUUGCACCAGACACAGCUCUGGUAUCUGAGCUCAAGCAGAGAUUGGAGAUGAGAAAUUCAGUGAUUGGUCAGCCUCACAUUUAACGCAAAGCGGUGUGGGGCGUACAACUUUGUGUAUUAUUCCAAGACCACGGUGUGACCUGUUAUUUUGCAUUCUGGACUGUUUUCCCAUUGUCCUGGAAGCUCUAAGCCCUGGUGAUCUCAUAUCAGUGUUUCACUUUGGUCUGAUUGGAUUGCAUGCCAUGCCUUAUCCUCUUUGCUUUGCAAUUGCUUCUCCUUUUUAAGGUUGUGAUAGUGUCUCAUGCAGAUUUGUUACCUUUUUCAAUCCAAAUUACUCAGCCAAAAAAAUAAAAAAAAAAGUUUGUUUGUUUUUUUCUGCACCAGGAGAAAUGUAUGCAGAUUCUGGCCAAUCGUGUUUAGGGUUUUCCAGUGAUGUAAAAAAAAAAAAUCAGUUUGAAAGAUGCAUAAAAACUAAUUUCACCUUAGGAACAUCUUGCAUGCUAGAUGACUUCCUCUGAGUCCGUUCGCGAGAUUGGCCUACCCCAGUCAGAUUGGGGCAUGAUUUGGCACUCUCCAUAAUUAUGUGCAUGUCAAGAAAUAUACUUGCAUACAUCAUACAUAUAUUUCUUCUGUUCACACAAUUCUCAGAGACUGCCUAGAAAAGUCCCUGAAGUUUUCUUGACAAGGUUUUUCAGAAGUGAUUCACCAUUGCCUACUUCCUAGGGCUGAGAGAAAGUGACUGGCCCAAGGUCACCGGACUUGGCUUCAUGCCUAAAACAGAGCUACAACUCACGAUUGCCCAGUUUCUAGCCUGAUGCUUUAACCACUACAUCAAAGGGUCUGUGUGUGUAUUUAAUCUACCCCACAGUAAAGUGUGAAUGAUCUGCUUUCCCAUCUGUGAAGAUUCUCAAUUGUCCAGCUCACGCUUGUUCCAAAGGUGUUUUUUUCCAAAAGGCAACUGGACUUACUUGGUUUUUUUUCUUUGAAAACAUUUGCAGAAGGAGCUUCUUGGAUGAAAAGCAAAAUGUUUUUAAAGGUGGGAGGGGGACCAAGUAAGUUGCCUUUUGGAAAAAGCAGCUUUGGGUGAUUUGCUUUUCCCCAAGUUCUCAAAGAUAAGUUUUUAAUGUAGAAUGUGAGGAGCCCUACAGAAAGUGAGAAGCAGCGUUAGGACCAGAAUGAAAGCCACGAGAGACAUCAUAAUGGACCAUAUAAAAUGGAAUAAGAUGUAAGGAUGAUUUGAAGAGCUGGAGAUGGUGGUGUUUACAUAAAUGAUGAAGAUGAAGAUGGUGAUGAUUUAUAUAGCUCAGAAGCCACCUGACCCCUAAUAGCUCUGGGCAGCUUAUGGUUCAAAAGUAAAAUGGAAAGAAACGAAACAUACAAGAAACCAUAAGCAUCCCAAAUCUGCCCCAUAAGCACCUUCAAUCUGCCCCAAAGACUUGGACAAUAACCAGGUCUUUCAUUACUGCCUGGUAGGUUUCUACGGAGUCUCUCUCUCUCUCUCUCUCUCUCUCUCUCUCUCUCUCUCUCUCUCCCCCCCCGCUUCCUCCCUCCCCCCUCCCUGGGAAGGAGAGACAAAGACUUGUUAUUUAUUGGUAGAGGUUGUAUAAUCUGUACAUUCUCAGAGGUCUCCCCAGUUUUGCUACCACCACAGGUUGGCUGAUUUUCAGCAGGUCCUAACCUGCACAGAGUCCUUAGCUACUUGUUCAUAAACAAUGUUAUUUAUUGAUUAAAUUUAUAUGCCCAUCUCCAAGGGUGGGAUUGAAAAAUUUCAGCAACCGGGUAGUGGCCAUGGGGGCGUCACCUACUCGGCCUCCUGCCCUCCCCAGGCUCUGGAGGCUUUCCUUGAGCCUCCAGGAAGGUGAAAACGGCCUCCCUCGGGCACCAGAGGCCCUCUGGAGGCCAGAAAUGGGCCCAUUUCCGGACUGCUGGUAUUUCCGGUAGGCUCAUUUUUCACUCUCCCUAGGAUCCACAGGCUUUCCUGGAGCCUCCAAGAAGAUGAAAAUGGCCUCCCCCAGGCACCAGAGGCCCAUUUUUCACCCUCCCAGAGCCUCCGUGCAUGCCCUGCACUUACCUGGCAUCCAAAAUGGGCUGCGUGGAGACUCUGGGAGGGGAGGGGUGGGGUAGGCGGGUCAGCCAGUCCUUGGAACAACUGGUUCGGCGAACCAGAUUAAAAGUAACAUCCUGUUCGCCCAAACUGUUCCGAACCAGCUGAAUCCCAUCCCUGCCCAUCUCCCCCGAUAAGGUGACUUGGUGGCUCACAGAUUAUUGCCGAAGAAAAUUCUGUUUUGGCUAAUGUACUCCAAACACUUCAGUGCAGACUUGUUUCUAUCCAUAGUGUUGCUCCAAGCAAGUGACAUAAAGUGUUUACAAAACCAAAUUCUCCGUCUUUUUUUUUUUAAUUGCUUCUCCCAGCAAAAGGGAGAUUAUAACCCAACCCAUUGAAUGAGCAGUAGUCGUUCCAACCUUUUUUUUAAACUUCCCACCCACAAAUGUGUGUGUCAGCGAAGCAGCUAUGAAUAGUUUUUAUAAAAAUCCUAAUUAUUCAAUUUAUUUUAUUAAUUGAGCCUGGAAGAUAGAAAUUUAAGAUAUUUUACAGAAAGGGCUCAAAAGCUUCUGUAAUGCUAAAUCACUACAAAUGGGGCAGUUCUGUUGGAAAAGCAUUGGUAGAAGUGGUUGACUUAAGGUGGAGACUUAAAUACAGAGUUGGAAGGGACCUUGGAGGUCUUCUAGUCCUACCCUCUGCUCAGGCAAGAUACCCUACACCCUUUCAGACAAAUGGUUGUCCAAUCUCUUCUUAAAAGCCUCUAGUGAUGGGGCACACACAACUUCUGGAGGCAAGUUGUUCCACUGGUUAAUUGUCCUGACUGUCAGGAAAUUUUUCCUUAGUUUCAGUUUGCUUCUCUCCUUGAUUAGUUUCCACCCAUUGCUUCUUGUCCUGCCCUCAGGGGCUUUGGAGAAUAGCUUGACUCCCUCUUCUUUGUGGCAGCCCCUGAGAUAUCGGAGGACUGCUAUUAUGUCACUCCUGGUCCUUCUUUUCAUUAAACCAGACAUACCCAGUUCCUGCAACUGUUCUUUGUGUGUUUUAGCCUUUCAGUCCACCCCAAUCAUCUUUGUGGUUAUUCUCUGCACUCUUUCCAGAGUCUCAACAACUUUUUUUAUAUUGUGGUGACCAAAACUGGAUGGAACACUCCCAGUGUAGACUUACUAAGCCAUGCAGUGAAAAUCUGUACAUCGGAGAAGAAGGAAAAAAGAUGCUUUUUCCAUACAAUUUUGUUGCAGGCUGAGGAAGAAGAAGGCAGCCCCAGUAAAAGUCUCCCCUGACUUCACUGACAAUCCGAGCGCUUGGCAUCUUCAAAGCUCCUGCUAUGCCAAAUAUAGACUGUAUCAUUAGAUGCACAGGACGCCAAAACAGCAGAAUAGUCUGCAUUCUGACUACAGUUCAUCCUCGACUUACGACAGUUCAUUUAGUGAUGGUUUGAAAUUACAUCAGUAGUGGGGAAAAAAGGUAUGACCAUUUUUCACACUUACGACCAUUGUGGCAUCCCCAUGGUCACAUGCUCAAAAUUCAGACUCUUGGCAACUGAUUCAUAGUUAUGACGGUUGUAGUGUCCUAGGGUCAUAUGGGCGUUCUUUGCACCCUUCUGACAAGCAAAGUCAGUGAGGAAGCCAGAUACACUUAACAACAUCACUUAGAAGGUGUAGAAGACAAGAGACGGUCACCUGGUAUGUGCUAACAUCUUCUGUUGAGCACCUCUUCCACUCUCAAAUUUAUGAAAACCGGUAUUUCUUUGUGCAACUUCUCAAUUAGGUAUCAAGUCUGAGAUGUUCAGACGCAAUCAGAUGGUCCAAACAAGGGGCCAACCCACCACUGCCUAAAGCAUUUCAGGGAAAUGGUUGUCCAAUCUCUUCUUAAAAAGCCUCCAGUGAUGGAGCACCCAGAACAUCUGAAGGCAAUUCAUCUCACUGAUUAAUUCUCCUCACUGUUAGGAAGUUUCUCCUUAAUUCCAGGUUGCUUCUCUCUUUGAUUAGUUUCCAUCCGUUUUUUCUUGUCCUGCCUUCUGGUGGCAGCCCCUCAAAUGCCGGAAUCCUGCUAUCAUCUCUCCCCCUGGUCCUUCUUUUCUCUAGACUAGCCAAACCCAAAUCCUGCAACCGUUCUUACACCAUGUAGUUAGAGCAGGCUUGUUCUUAUAAAUCAAACAUAGAGGGUAGGGUUAUUUUGUGCUGCUUUUACCCAAAAUCGGUCAACCAACGUAAAUGUAAAUAAUGUAAACACUUUUAUUUCUGAACCCUAAAAUGUUUCACAACAAGGCGUCGAAGGGUUCUUCAGGUGACUGUUUGUGGGAUGGUUUCUUUGUUUUAACAGGGCAAGGAUCAAGCAGCUUGAGGUUUGUAACAGCAUUUAUAAGAAUUGUUUAUAUUUUGAGAAGUCCAAGCAUGCAAGCAGAAAGCCAUUAAAAAUUUGUGUUUGGGAUGGUGUAGUUUGGACUUUUAUACAUUUCACACAAUGUGGCUGAAUGAGAAACAGAAAACUGCCUAAAAUGGGGGGGAGGGGAAUUCAGAAUAACAAAAUAACAGAGUUGGAAGGGACCUUGGAGGUCUUCUAGUCCAGCCCACUGCUCAAGCAGGAGAGCUAUGUCUUUUUAGACAAAUAGCUGUCCAAUCUUUCCUUAAACACCUCCAGAGCACCCACAACCUCUGGAGGCAAGACUGAUUAAUUGUUCCAAUUGUCAGGAACUUUCUCCUUAUUUCUACAUGGUGUUUUUUCCUUGAUUAGUUUCCAUCCCUUGAUUCUUGUCCUGCCUUCAGGUGCUUUGGAGAAUAGGCUGACCUUGCUCUUCUCUGUGGUCACCCCAAGUGACAUGAUGCAAGUUUCAAGAUGAAAAAUGGUUUCCUGUAUUCCCCUGGAAUUUCCAGAUAGGAAUAAGAGUGACCGGGUAGAGAUAAUAACCAUGGGUUCUAAUGACAUCCCUUCCAAUCCCUUCCAACUUCAUCAUUUCAUCACUAGCUCCAGAUUCAGGAAAAGAUUCUUUGACUGUUAUCGAUUGAAGGUGUUACGUUUCAUGUAGUAUUGGAUCAGCUCCUGCCCCAAUGACCUGUGGAAAACCAAUACAGCCCAUAAUCUGGCAAGUAAGGGUUAGCAGUCUUUGCGGGAGACAAUAUCUGGUUGAUUUUAAUCUGGGCUGGAAAACUAAACAGGUUUGGCUUGAUUAGGACUUGGAAAUAGAAAAAACCGGGGUCUGUAAGCUAGAAUUGGGAAAUCAGUCAAACACACCACAAAUCAAGCAGCAAUCACAAAUCACUUUAAUAUUACCGUCAAGAAAACUGUAUGGUGAAUCAGGGAAUCAGGUUCUGUUUGAGUACAUUUUUACCAACCCAAAAUAAGAGUAUUUCAAAAGAAAUACUAUUCUGAGCCUUGAAAUAAUUUUUAAAUAUUUAGGAAGAAACAGUUUUUUGUGACUUUUUUCCACCAAAAAGCUAAUUCUUUAGGGAGUAAACUGCUGUUCUUUAUCAAGUAAGCACCAUGGAUUUUGUUAAUAAAACUAAUAAAAUACAUCUGCCCUAUCAUGUCAAUUUCUUUCUUUUCACCCCAUUCUCUAACUAUGUCCUCAAAACUUCACCUUCAACCAUAAAAAACUUUGAUUUUUUUUUUUUAAUUAGCUGGCUUUUUUUCAGCUAAAUAAGACUUACUGCUAUCACAUAUAUGCUCUGGAUGUGAAAAUGUAUGGCUUAUUGAAGCAGGCAUCUCUAAGAAGGACAAAAAUUAAGAAGCUAUUAAAUUAGUUUAGUUUUACCCAAUGUAGCAAUGUCCAAAUAGGUUGCAUUUCUAAAUUCACAAUCCUUUAGCAACUUCAGGGUUAGGGUGAAAAAACAUCAGUAAGAUGACGACGACAAUUACGAUGAUGACGACGACAAUUACGAUGAUGAUGAUGAUGAUGAUGAUGAUUUGUUGGAGUCCAAAAGGCUCUGAGUGGCUUACAACAUAUAAUCUAGAACAGAGAUUUGGCAACUUUAAGAUUUAUGGACUUCAAUUCCCAGAAUUCCUCAUGCUGGGUAGGAAAUUCUGGGAGUUGAAAUCCCCUGGUUGAAGUCCACAAGUUGCCAAAUCUGGAAAGCCUUGAUCUAGAAACAGUUUGGAAGGGGGAUAUAAUGAGGCCCGUAAUAAGAGAAGGUCGGAUUGAGAAAAAAUCUCUGGUGUGAACUUUUGUUGAUUGGCCUUGGAAAAGUGACUACAAUUCAUAGGGAAAGGAAUGUAAACUCUUGCCAAAAGUAAUCACAAUUUAUAUGUAUUGUUUUUGUCAACAUAAGUGGGUGAAAUGUUUCAGAUUUAAUUCAAGAUGAUAUUUGAUAUACCGUAUAGGAAAAUUGCCUGGAGAUCAGGUAUAUAUAGAAAUUUAUGAAAGAAUUGUAUACAAAGGCAUUUUGGGGAGAGACCCAAAAGACUGCAAAGAAAUUGCUUCUGUAGUCUAAAACUCAAACAAGCAUCCUAUUUUUAAACAUACUUCUGAUGUCGGUUCUCUUGCUGGCGUUUGGAUGGCUUUGAUCUGUUUCUCUUUUGUAUUUCCAUGGUUUGAUUGUAAAAUGAACUUGGAGAAUUAUUAUUCAGAAAAACAAUGACUGGAGCUUAGAAAUAAAAAGCAUGUUCUGCAAUCUU